UUACAAUCUGGACUAGCUAAUGUGUUUUUGUGUGCAUGUAACUCACAGCUAACGUUACUGGCGAUAUGUAGUUAUAUUUUAGCAAGCUAGCCAAUUUGCUAUCUAGUAGGUAACGUUAAGCAACUAGGAAAUAAAUGCUGGAAAACGAGCGUAUGUUUUGCCUAAAAUAAAGUUACGUAACCGGGCAAAACAUUUAGCUAGUUAAGGAACGCAGACAACCCAACACUAUUGGGAAAGGCAAAUGUAGCUGGAGCAGGAAGGGCUGUGCUUGGAGAGCUGUCCAACUUUCCCAAUGCUUGCAAAGCGGUGCCGUUCAAGAGGACCGUUCCUGCCAAGACUUCAACCAAACAAUCUAUGAACCAACAAGACCAGCUAGCAGCUGUUUGGCCUCAAGUUCCUCAGCCUGAAGUGUAUACUAACGUGUCCAUGAAGGAAGAGGAAUUGUGCCAGGCGUUCUCAGAAGCUCUGCUUGCUGUAGAAGACAUUGAUGAAGGGGAUUCAGACCUGCCACAACUGUGCUCUGAAUAUAUAAAGGAUAUCUAUGGAUAUCUGCAGUGCCUUGAGACCCAGCAGUCUGUUCGGGCCAAGUACAUGGAUGGCUAUGAGAUCAAUGGACGCAUGCGUGCUCUCCUGAUUGACUGGCUUAUUCAGGUGCACUCCAGGUUCCAGCUACUGCAGGAGACUCUCUAUCUGACGGUGGCCAUCCUGGAUCGCUUUCUUCAGGUGCAAACUAUUGGCCGCAAGAAGCUCCAGCUGGUUGGUGUGACUGCCAUGUUGUUGGCGUCCAAGUAUGAAGAGAUGUAUUCCCCGGAGAUAGGUGAUUUUGUUUACAUCACAGACAAUGCAUUCACCAAGGCCCAUAUUCGGGAGAUGGAGCAGCUGAUUCUGCGAAGUCUGAACUUCGAGCUUGGACGGCCUCUACCCCUGCACUUCCUCAGGAGAGCCUCCAAGGCUGGCAAUGCUGACGUUGAGAAGCACACAUUAGCCAAGUACCUCAUGGAACUGACCCUCCUUGACUAUGACAUGGUGCACUACCAUCCUUCUGAGAUUGCUGCUGCUGCCUUGUGCCUCUCCCAGCUGCUGCUUGAUGAGCGCAACUGGACACCAACACAGGAGCACUACUCUACCUAUAAUGAGAACCACCUCAAGCCAAUCAUGGAGCACAUUGCCAAAAACAUAGUUUCUGUCAAUGAAGGGCGAACAAAGCUUCAGGCUGUCAAGAACAAGUAUUCAAGCAGCCGACUUAUGAGGAUCAGCCUCAUCCCUCAGCUGAAGUCUACCUUUGUAAAUUACAUGGCUGCUGCUCUGCUCCCAUAACUUAAACCCUAAUGUCAUGACGUGAAUGCCGACUAAGUCUGCUGCACUUUAUUUAAGAAAAUCCAUUGUGAGAUGGUCUUUUGGACUGCUGCUUUUAAGUACAUGUAAAUAUUUUACUUUUACAAAUAAACCUUGUUUUGAACCCUUUUAAAUAUAAUCUAGAUGUUUUUAAACAUUGUGUAGCAAUUAAGUUUUAGUUGCUGUUAAAUGGACAGUAAAAGCCACGCAGCCUGGUGGUUACAAUUUCUUACGGAGUAUCGAUGGGUAAAACACCACCUACAGAAGUAUAACUUUAUGGGCCUGCCAUUUUUAUUCAGACAUUUAACUUUAGUACAGCUUGAUCCUACUGCAGGAUUUAUAGCCCAGUGUUCUUGAACACAGCUGCACCAGGAUGUUGUAGCAUAGUCCCAGAUCUGUUUGCAUGUACAGUUGUAGACACUUAAGUUGCCAAAGCUACAAACAUCUGGGACCAGGCGAUAAUUAGUAGGGAGAGGAGUUUCCUGACCAGCUAGGGCAGAAGAGGAUAGAGGCCAGUUAAACCAUUAACAUUAAUGCAGAUUAACUUGCACAACUGCCACAGUUCAAGCCUGAAAGAGAGCUUUUUUUAGGGCUCUUCAAUCCAUAGCGCUAAAGAUUGGCAAUUAGACAACAUUCAUGGUAAAUGCGUCAUGUCAGCUCAAUUUACUAUUAUUUCAGAGCGUCCAAUGCUUUUAUGGAUUGAACCCAGACCUAAAUGAUUAUGCACAGUGAAACAUUGGAAACCAGAAAGAAAAUAUUGUUCAGUGCCAUAAGCAUGUGAAGUCAGUGGAACCUUUACUUUCAUUUGAAAGAAACAACAUUCACCCAGACUGUGCACUUAAAUCUACAUGAAAUACAAUAUCAAAAGCAGAGAACUUUAAAUUAAAUCCUGCAGUGAAACACUUAAAUUGUAACAAAGUAUUGACUUAAUUCCUAAAUGUCAAGAGAUGCACAUACAGUAUAUCUAUGUAAACAAAUUAUCCUCUAGUUUGGCAAUCUUUCAAAACAUCCAAGGAUUACUAGCUGUGGCAGGAGUUACCAGUCUGUCCAAGUUAGUACCUGUAGCUACUGAUAAAGUGCUUAUAAACCAGAUAAUGCACAGUGUGGCCCUACAGUUCUGGGGAUAUCACUUGGAUUUUGGAAGUAAGAGCAGGGGGAUUCCUGAAGACAACCUGUCACACUGCAUUUCCUUUUCCCGAAAGUGAUUGCAUCCGUUUAGUUGAUUAAUAAGAAUGGGUUUUCAUACACAUUCGAUCAUUGUUUUUCUAGGGAAAUGCAUUGCCGAAGUUAAUAAAAUCACAGUGCAAUGAACUAUUAAUGUCCAUUUUAUGUAAAAAUUUCAACAUUUCUAUAGCCAAUACCAUCUGUAAAUUCCUCUUAGCAGCACAAAUCCCCAUUAAACAAUAUUGAACAGA